AAUUUAGAACCGUCGAUAGAUCAUACCAGAUCGAGUGAUGACGCGCAGCAGCAGCCGGCAAAGGCAUAAAAACGCAGCGUUUCAAAGUGUUGGGCGGGGUUUUAGCUACCUUCUUCAAUCUUGCGCUGGCUGUUGUUCACUUUCAACUUGCAAACUGGUUACCUCUUGCAAUCCAACAAAUCUCAUUUUGAUAGUAAAUGAAAGUGGUUUUGAAGAAUAUUACUUGAUUCCAGGGAUAAGCAAAAAAGUUUGAAUCCUUUUGGUUUGUAGGAGUAAGAUAUAUUGCAAAUAUGCAAAAUAUUCAUAGGGUUAUAUCGCGUUUUCCGACUGCAAAUGGUGUGAGAUUUGUGACAGAGAAAAGUAAACCCAGUUUUGGAAAUGAUACAAGGGGACUAAAUAGUGUAAUCGGAGCUUAUCAUGUUAUUAGCACACGGGGUUUUUCAGCUAAGUCAGGUGGUGAUGGUGAAAAUGAAGGGAAAGAUGAUUGGGGGGGUGUAGUGGGAGGAUCUUUUGGUGGGAGUGGACAUGAAGUGAAAGAUGAUGGGGGGAGUGUAGUGGGGGGAUCUUUUGGUGGGAAUGGUUCUGAUGAUUUGGGUUGGGAUUCUGCUUCAUCGUGGUCGACUGGAAUGACUAAGGAUCAUUUUGAUGGACAGUUAGUGGGGUAGCAGACAGAUUCUAGCUCGAUUGUUGGUGGUCGGUUAAAUGCUUCUGAGACUGCAUUAGUCUCUAGUUUGCAGGAGAUUGAUGAUAAGAUAAGAGAACUUGAGGCGGAGAACAAGAAGGGAAAGGCUUUUGUGGAUGGAUGGGGUGAGAAGAUGCGUGAGAUGAGCGUGCUGUUGAAACAAGUAAGGGAGCCUGGUGCCAGAGGAUCUUAUCUGAAGGACUCGGAGAAGGCGGAGAUGUACCGCUUGCAUAAGGAGAAUCCUGAAGUCUACACUGUUGAGAGGCUUGCUAAGGACUAUAGGAUUAUGAGGCAGCGGGUGCAUGCUAUUCUUUGGCUGAAAGAACUUGAGGAGGAAGAGGAGAAAAAACUUGGUCAUCCCUUGGACGACUCUGUUGAGCUCUUGCUUGAUACUUGCCCAGAAUUUUUUAAUUCUCAUGAUCAAGAAUUUCAUAUAGCAUCCCUUCCUUACAAGCCUGAUUUCAAGGUGAUGCCAGAGGGUUGGGAUGGUACCAUCAAAGACCUGGAUGAAGUCCACUAUGAGAUAUCCAUGAAAGAGGAUGACAUGCUGUAUGAAGAAUUCGUCCAGAAGAUGAACUUCAAUAAAAUGAAGAUGGCAGAGCAGGUAAAAUGCCACAAGUAUAGUAGGAGGCGUUCUUCUGAGGAUUGGAACUUUACAGUGGAGAAACUGGGACCACGAGGAAAGCUUGGAGGUGGUGGCGGCUGGAAGUUUGUGAGCUUGCCAGACGGAUCCAGCCGACCGCUGAAUGAGACGGACAAAAUGUAUGUUAGACGAGAGACUCCCCGCCGCAGACGCAAGAUUCUUCCUUGAUCAAAUUUGCACCAUUAGAUAGAUAUUAAAAUCCUGUUUUUCUUGGUCAUGGGAAAGAAGACAAAUAAAAUAGAAGGUAUCAGAAUGACAUUGUUUUCUUGUAAUUUUCUUGCAUGGGGUGUGAGGUACUGAGGAUGUUCUCGUCAUCUUUAUCAUAACUAAUUUUCCAUUUACUCCA